AUGGCAACCGCCUUGGGACCACCUGUAUCCCAUGACAACUACCCUGGGACCACCUGUAUCCCAUUACCAUUGCGCUGCAACCACCUGUAUCCCAUGGCAACUGUCCUGGGACCAGUGUAUCCCAUGGCAUCCAUCCCGGGGCCGCCGUAUCCCGUGGCAUCCAUCCUGGAGCCUGGCCCGUCGGGGGAGCGAGGGCUGCCCGGAGCCACGGGGGCACCCGGACCCAAGGGCCACGCGGGACAUGACGGAGCCCCCGGAGCCACCGGGGAGAAGGGUCCCCAGGGUCCGCAGGGUCCCAGCGGAUUCCCGGGCACCAAAGGGCCGCCCGGUCCCGCUGGGAAGGACGGCUUGCCGGGACACCCGGGCCAGCGCGGAGAGCCGGGAUUCCACGGGAAAACGGGAGUGCCGGGGCCUGCUGGCGUGGUGGGACCGCAGGGCAAGUCCGGAGAGACGGGACCCGUGGGAGAGCGGGGGCACCCGGGGCCCCCCGGCCCCCCGGGGGAGCAGGGGCUGCCCGGAGCCUCCGGYCGGGAAGGAGCCAAGGGGGAUCCCGGGCCUGCCGGCGUUCCCGGCAAGGAUGGUCCCGCCGGCACGCGCGGCUUUCCUGGAGCGCGGGGCGCCCCGGGAGAGACGGGUCCAGCCGGCCUCAAGGGCGGGGAAGGGCCCCCCGGCCCCCCGGGCCCCACCGGCUCCCCCGGCGAGCGAGGCCCCACGGGAGCAGCCGGAGGCAUCGGAUUGCCGGGACGUGGGGGGGCGCAGGGCCCCCCCGGCCCCACGGGAGACAAGGGCGCUCCGGGCGACAGGGGUCCCGUGGGUCCCGCGGGACACGACGGCACCCAGGGGCCCGUGGGGCUGCCGGGCCCCCCCGGCCCCCCCGGCCCCUCCGGAGAGGACGGCGACAAGGGCGAGCCGGGGCUGCCGGGGCAGAAGGGCAGCAAGGGCGACAAGGGCGAAGCGGGCCCGCCGGGACCGCCGGGAAUGCAGGGACCACCGGGACACCCCGGUCCCGCGGGCGCGGAUGGGGAGCCCGGGCGCCGCGGGCAGCAGGGAAUGUUCGGACCCAAAGGAGACGAGGGCUGGAGGGGCCCCCCCGGCCCCGGCGGCCCCCCCGGGCGCCAGGGAAUGCCGGGGCCGCCGGGAGAGAAGGGGGAGAACGGAGACGUCGGCCCCAUGGGCCCGCCCGGAGCGCCGGGACCGCGCGGGCUGCUCGGAGCCAGCGGAGCAGAGGGUCCCCAGGGAAUGCCGGGCGGCGUGGGACAGCCGGGCGCUGUGGGAGAGAAGGGCGAGCCGGGUGAAGCGGGAGAUCCCGGAGCCCCGGGAGAGCCCGGACCAUCCGGUGAGCAGGGUCUGCAGGGACCCCCAGGACAAGCGGGACCCCCCGGCCCCCUGGGUCCCGUGGGAUUGCCCGGCCUCAAGGGAGACCCCGGGCACAAGGGAGACAAGGGCCACGCUGGACUCAUCGGACUCAUCGGACCGCCGGGAGAGAUGGGGGAGAAGGGAGACCGGGGGCUGCCGGGCCCCCAGGGCCCCCCYGGCCCCAAGGGAGACCCCGGCUCGGCUGGACCCGCCGGACCCACCGGCCCCCCGGGACCCCCGGGGCUCUCGGGCCCCCUGGGCCAKAAGGGCUCCAAAGGCUCUCCGGGCGCGCUGGGCCCCCGAGGAGACACCGGCCCCCCCGGCCCCCCGGGACCCCCGGGCCGCCCCGCGGAGCCGCUUCCCGCCCGGAGGCGCCGGGAAGCCCCCGGAGCGCCGGGCGGCCUCCAGGAGGUUCUGGCCUCGCUGGGCUCGCUGCGCGCCGAGCUGGAGCAGCUGCGGCGCCCGCGCGGCACCGCACAGAGCCCCGCGCGCGUCUGCCGCGAGCUGCAGCUCUGCCACCCCGGCCUGCGCGACGGCGAGUACUGGAUCGACCCCAACCAGGGCUGCUCCCGCGACGCCUUCCGCGUCUUCUGCAACUUCACGGCCGGCGGCGAGACCUGCCUCUUCCCGGAGAAGAGGCUGGAGGCCGUUCGUCUUGCUGCCUGGAACAGGGAGAAGCCGGGAACGUGGUACAGCACCUUCAGGAGGGGCAGGAAGGACCGCCGGGGCCAGGAGCGGACGGAGCUCGAGGUGGCCUCAUCCCGCGUGGAGCGGCUGCCCCUGAUGGAUGUGGCCGUGGCCGACUUCGGUGGCGCCAACCAGAAGUUCGGCUUCGAGCUGGGGCCCGUCUGCUUCCUUGGCUGA